AUGAAGCUCACUACUGCCUUCAUUGCCGGUCUGCUGUCCGCUAGCACCGUUGUUGCUGCCCCUGGCACUGCUAUGCGUCGCAAGCGUGCCGAAGGUGCCAUUGCUGCCAGCCGUGCUGGCUUCGUCAAGGCCCCAAAGCCCUUCCUUGCAGCCACCAACGUAACCGCUGUCGUUCACAGUCCCGAGAAUAAGCAAGCCAGCUACUCCACCAACUGGGCAGGCGGCGUCCUCGAGGGCUCAGGCUUCAAUACCGUGACCGGCACUUUCACCGUCCCCAAGGUCGCCGUCCCUUCCGGUGGUAGUUCCAAAACAUUGUACUCGGCCUCUGCUUGGGUUGGUAUCGAUGGCUACUCCUGCUCCUCCGCCAUCCUGCAGACCGGUGUCGAUUUCAGCAUUCAGAACGGCGCUGUCACCUAUGAUGCCUGGUACGAGUGGUUCCCCGACUACGCCUACGACUUCACCGGCAUCAGCUUUUCGGCCGGCGACAGCGUAACCAUCACCGUUACCGCAUCAUCUAAGACCGGCGGUGUCGCCACCAUCAAGAACAACAGCAAGGGCACCUCUGUCAGCCAUACUUUCACCGGUCAAACCGCUGGCAGUCUCUGUCAAACUGAUGCCGAGUGGAUCGUCGAGGACUUUACGCAGAUCCAGAAUGGACAGGAGUCUCUGGUUCCUCUGGUCAACUUUGGUACUGUAACUUUUACUGGUGCAUCGGCUACUACGAACAGUGGAACUAAGCUUGGUCCUGCUAGUGCUGAUGUUAUUGAUUUGAUUUCUGCCAAUGGAAAGACUGUUCUUACUGAUGUUACUGUGGGUUCUUCUACCGUUGCUGUCGUCUAUGGAUGA